AUGGCACUAUCCAUUGUAAUGGACAACUACAACUUAACCAAAAUUUUCAGCAGGCAUUUCCUCCUCCCAUACAUUGGGGAGGCGGGCGAGCUUAUACCUCAAGCCGCCACGACUCAACUCCGAAAAAUUUACAAGCUUCCCUUGAGGCCGUCAACGAUAGACGGCAACUCUAAUGUUCCAGCAACGAAAUUAAGACAACGGCCUUGCCGGAAAGAAAACGGUAACAACCCUGCCGGAAAGAAAAAGGACCAGGCCGUCAACAAGAUAGACGCCAACUCUAAUGGUCCGCCAACAAAAUUAAGGCAACGACCCUGCGGAAAGAAAAAGGACCAGGCUGUCAACAUGAUAGACGCCAACUCUAAUGAAAAGAAAAAGGACCAGGCCGUCAACAUGAUAGACGCCAACUCUAAUGGUCCGCCAACGAAUCAGGCCAACGAUCCCGCCGAAAAGAAAAGAUCGAUCCUCAUUAUCACUGAGGAAAGAGAAACUGCCCUCAACACAAUAGACGGCAACUCUAACGCUUUGCCAACGAAUUAA